AUGGAGUUUAGCGAAGUAUUCUGGGAUUCAACACAGCAGGUUGGUUAUAUUUCCAACAUUAAAGGGCUCUAUCCCGUCUUUCUGGAUCACCACCUGACCUUCGAAGAACAUCCAAAGGUUUUGGAGGCAAUAGUAACAGGAGAAAACGCAAGAAGAAUUCUCACUCAAGAUAAAGCUGUCACUAUUUCUGAAAUUGAGCAAAUUCUGAGUACGAUGUACCCUACUGCCAACGUCACUGUUGUGAAUUCAGCUAUAGGGGACUGGUUAUCUGAUCCGGUAUUUAGAGGAUCAUUCAUUGACUACUCAAGUGAUCUAAGAUUUGGUGACUUUGAGCGUUUAGGAGACCCGAUUGGAAACCUGUACUUGAAUGGCAGCGCUACAUCUGUAAAUUUCGCUGGUGGUGCAUACUUUGCUGGUAGAGAAACGGCGGCAAAGGUGAUUGGGCAACUCAAACCCAGCAAAGCAAUAAAUGAACACACAAACAUAUUCAUUGUCCUGCUUAGAAUACUUUGGGACAUGCUCACUUGA